AUGACGCGCCAAUCUUCAGAACCUGAACCUGACCGCAACGCAGAGAAAAUGCUCUUGCAGAAUAUCUACGACCUGUACGUGCUACUAAGAGCAGGAGGCCUGCCAUUGCAGCCGUCGAUACUGACCGAGUACACAAGAAAAUUAGACCUCGAUACCCAGAUCCAAUCAACCAAACCACAUUCUACACGCCAGGCUCAGAUCCAGAUUGCACGCAUACGCGACAGUGCAGACACCAUACCAAGGAUUAUGAGAGCCAGGAUAUGCUUAGCAGCGGUGAUGGAAGUAUUGCACAACUCCCCAGGUGUGCCACAUUUUAUUCGUGCUCCUUUUUUCACACUGUGUGCCGAUCCCCUUUUCGCCUACAGCUUCCCCAAAGCUACCUUUCCCGUCACUUCCGACAAACCCCUGUCGACACCCAAAAAGAACUCCCCAACUCCCGGGGUUACCGGCCUUCCUACUGCGAGACCUGUCGAUGAGAUCCUGCCCGUACAUAGAAUCAAUGCUCUAACUCCAGAAGCUACCAACCUGGCUAUGACAGCACUACACGAGACAGUUAUCUCUCCCAUACCGGCACCUACGCAUAUACCCACUCAACCCCAUUCCGGUACGCCUUCGUCGUCUUUCCCACCGCAACAGCUUCCCCAGGUCUCGUCCGACGACAUCGAGGAUGACGAACAGGAGGAACUUGAAGUGGCUGACAUCAUGAUCUCCAUCGCCGACUCGGACUCGGAAUCAACCACUUCUAAGUCGCGUAAUAGCACAAAUGUGAACUCGAAUUCAAUACCAACGCGGCACCUCGAACGAGAGCACGUGAAAACCGUAUACUCACCUAUGCGGCGUAGCACGAAGCGGAAUAUUGAUGGGAAUCAGGAGGCCACAGGUGAGGGGAAUAGGGAAGAAGACGGUGAGUGA